CUUCCAUCAUGUAAGAGAUGUACUGUUCUAGUUUUCUUUUAGCUUCCCGAUUAAAAGGUCUCAUCACACCAGUAGAUGCUGGCUAUCAGUGCAGGCGUAUAAUUGAAUUUCAUACAUCAGCUAUCUCCUCCUUGAAUCGAAUGGCACUUCAUAUUUAAGAGAUUUUUGUGACCUACCACUUAAAAACCCAAAAAGCGAAGAAGAAAAAAAAAUACAGAUUUGAGGGAGAGAGAUAAGAUAUUAAACAUUCCCAGAAAGAGGAGAAGGAGGAGCUUGUUUGGGAAAAAUAGGGAGAUGGGAGGAGGAGGGAUGCUAAGAGCAGUUGGAAAGGUAGUUGGUGCUGGUGUGGGUGGAGUCCAAGAGGUCGUCUCAAGGUCCACCACCACCGCCCACAAGAGGCCCACCACCUCCAACCUCCGCUCUCUGCCGUCUUCUUCCUUGGCUUCUUCACGUAACCUUCCCGUCUCGGCCACAUCUGCGACCGCACCCACUUGGCCUUCUAGCUCUCCUUCUCACUGUUUCUGUGACGGUGAUGAGUGGGAGUGGGAGCCUGUAGAUGGGAUAGAAGACGAAAGAGUAAAUGGGUUUUAUUACAGUAGUAGAUAUGCUCUGGGAUCGGUCCCGUCUAUGGAUGAAGUCCAAGAUGCCAUCUCUUCUCUUCGGCAGGUCCUUGCCCCAGCCUCGUGUUCUCAGCUUGUUGAACAUGGAUUUCCAUCUACAUCUGACAAGGAUGUGACUUCUCAAAUUUCAAACCCAACCAGUUUCUUGCACAGGGAUUCUCCACAUGGGUCACAUAGGGAUUGGAUUGAGCCUCCUCUGCACCUUCACAAUCCAAGAAUGUUGCAAUCUCAUCAAUGUGAAAGAGUUUAUGAUGCUUUUCGUUUAUUUGAAGCAGAUCUGUCUAUUAAGAAAAUGGUUAUUUCAUUAUCUACUGAUAAAGCUGUGUGGAAUGCCAUCCUGAACAAUGAGGUGGUGAGAGAGCUCACACAAUCAUUUUCUGCAGAUAUCUCAUUGAUCAUGUGGAUAUCUUGACUCUCUAGUUGUAUCAGUGGAUAGGUUGAUUUUAGGUGCUAUUUUUGUUCUGCAUCUUACUUCUAUCAUGGCACAGAACAGAACAUGAUGGUGAAACAGGAUUCAUGUGGCGGACCUGGGGCAAGGCUUAGAUGAUGACCUAAAUUUUGUCUGUAUAAGCUCCAUUUUCUUCCUUUUCUGGAAAACCGUGGAUGUAGAUGACAAAAUCAGCCUUAACUUCACACAUCAAGACAUGACUCUGCCAUACCUUAUCAGUUCACCAGGAUGGCAUAGAUAACAAUAUCAUCCUCACCUCAGUCUCAUAGAGCAGUCACAUCAUCUUGUUCCAAGAUGAAGCUAAUGUCUGUCUAUGUUGAGAAGGGAGGCCCCAAAAAAAACAUAAAAGAUAAAGCAUUGUAGGUUCUUUUUAAUUUUCAUUGCACACUAGAUAAAGAAGAGAAGCUUUAGAUCUGAUGCUUGUACUUGGUAUAUGAGUCAAUUUGAGAAUACUUGAGAACGCCUACAUGUCAAAACCUUGUUAACUGAGACCAUUCCACCCAAAUGUUAAUUGGGUUGAGUAAUUGGAGCACCUAUGAGAUAUGAAGAAGAAUACUGCUAUAGACAUAGCUUCAUUCUUCUGUACCUUCAGACUGCUUCAAAAAUUUAUGAUCUACUCUAAUCCCAUUAUCUUACAGAAACAAGAAGAAGCAUUUAUUUUAUAGGCAGAGAAUAAGGAUAUUAAAUGGGAAUUUUUUAAUAGGGCAGAGAUAUAAUAAAGAUAUUAAAUGGGAAAUUUUUAAUAGGGAAGAGAUACAAGGAAAUUUAAGGGGAAGUUUUUAAUAGGGCAGAGAUAUAAUAACUUAAUAAGGAUAUUAAAGGGGAAAUUUUUAAUAGGCUACACUUAAGUGUGGUGCAUAAAUAAGCUAAAGUUAGAAGUUAGAAUGUCAAAAUAUUUAACCUGUUGGCUUCCAAGUUCCAGUAGUACAAAGGGUAAAGAUGUAAAGUUGUUUAUUGUUAUGUGCAAUUGUUAGUAGAACUUCAGAUUUUCGGGUGUAGAUAUAAACAGGACAGGAGUGCUAAAAGGGGAGAAAAUGUAGCUUUCAGAUUACUUAGGAGAAAAAUAAUAUUUCACACAUUAGAUUUAUCAUGUUCUAUGCAGCCGAAGAUGGUAGCAUGCAGAGCUCUGAUGUGGCAGAGAGCAUUCUCAGGUGGAUUUUGGGCAGCGCUAAAGCAAGAAUUAUGGAACUAAUUGAAAAGAUUACAGAGCUAGUCAAUGAAGUGUUUCAGCCUCCUGAAAGGGGGAAAACCAUGGAUCUCUUUGACGACAAAUUAAGAACCUCCUUCUUGCUCUCUAUUGUUGUUCUCUUUGUUGUGGUCGUAACUCGAGCCCAGGGUGCUUGAUCAUCAUUUCAUGGCACGAACAACUAUUAAUACCCACUGGUUUCCUGUUUCAUGCCAUGAUGGCUCAUUAUCUCCAACCAUGAAAUAUUAGUGUAAACAUGGAUCUUAUAAUAGUUGUUUUGACCAUCAGCUGCAACAUAUUGAUGGAUCAACUGUUUAUUCUAGGCUGGUGUUAAAGAUGAAGAUGCCUCAGGGCAUUAAUCAAAUCGAAUGUAAAAUCAAUAAGAAGAAGAUUUAGAUGUGCAGCUUCUCAUUUUAGUUUUUAUCUCCA